AUGGGUGCCCCCGAGGUCGCGGUGUCCGUUAUCCUUCUGCUGCAGGCCCCUUUUGACCCGCAUGACCCUGCCUUGCAGGUCCUGGGACCCAGCCCAGAUGGCGACCUGGUCAUAAUCGUGCAAGGUCGGGGGCAGGAGACAGUAGCGCAGGCGGCCGAGGCCGUGGCGGACUGGAUGGGCCGGCGCGACGAGGAGGGGCUGGCGCGGUGGUGCCGUGGUCGAGCCGCCCGCUCGCUGACGGGGCUGAUGGCCGCCGCAGGCCUGCGCAGUCCCAGCCCGGCGCUGGCGGCGGCCUUGCAGGAGGCCGACGCGGGACUGUGCGACGGAAAACAGUCGCACGCCGCCGCCAUUGCCCGCGCCGCAGAGCUGGCCGCGCACCCCGACAUGAUGCUGCGCCCCGCUUUCCCGCCGCAACACGCCGCCGCCGUGGUGAUGCCGCUGGCCCUGCCCAUGGGCCUCGUCCUCAUGCGGCACACCGCCAGGACGCUCCGUGAUGGAAUGAGUUUGAGUGCGCUCUGUGGCUGA